GGUGGUGGUGGUGGUGAGCGAGUGUGAGCGCGCGCCCGUCCGCUAGCGCCGUCGCCUUGUUUGUUUGUGUAGCGGGCGAAGAUGGCGGAGGGGAGAAAGCCGAGCGCCCAGUAAACGCAGGAAAAACGGCAGCCGUCACGUCAAAUGACAAGUUUGGAGCGGUGGGGGGGCGCCCGGUGAUUCCGGGAGCGCGCUCGGCGCGUCAACUACACGCAAGCAAGGCGGAAAGAAAAGAAAGAAAAAAAAAAAAAAAAAGAAGUGGAGCCCCGUGCCGAAUGGAAUUCGUAGAGCGGGUUUAGCUUAACUGGCGUUACCUCGGAGUUAGUUACCUCAGAGUGGCUAGCCUGUUAGCCCACUACUAGCCCGCUGCUAGCCUCGCGCUGCUACCUACCCCUGCCAGCGGCGACUCCUCGACCGCCCAGCGGCGCAGUGAGCAGCGUGUCCGCCCCGAACCCCGCGCUCACCGGGGGACCCAUGACGAGCCCCGACCCGACCCGCGCGGCACACUCCUCCUGCAGCCCCAUGUCGCCGGUAUAGCUGCGGAAGACCCUCUGCAGCUACACCACCAGCAUCUUUGGAACGGAUCAGAGUAGCCGCGGACCCUGUGGGGGGGGGGCGGGGAGCAGGUGUGCUGUAGCUCAGGAUGAGCGCCCUAGGGGAGAGCGCCCUUGACCCUGUGACUCCUGAGUCCCGGAAAAGGAAAGGUUCGCCAUGUGACACAUCUGGCCAGAGCGUGGAGAAGCGGCGGCGGGAGCUAGAGUGCCGUUACAUCGCUGAGCUGGCAGAGUUGUUGUCAGCCAACAUAGGCGACAUCACCAGCCUGAGCGUGAAGCCAGACAAGUGCCAUAUCCUGCGCAGCACCAUUGACCAGAUCCAGCAGAUUACGCAGCGUGAACAAGAGGAAGCUACAAUGUCAACGGACGAUGAAGUGCAGAAGAGUGACGUGUCGUCCAGCAGCCAGGGCACGAUCGAGAAACAGGCCCUGGGGCCCCUCCUACUGGAGGCCUUGGACGGCUUCUUUUUUGUGGUAAACCGUGAGGGACGCAUCGUGUUUGUCUCCGAGAAUGUGACCACCUACCUGGGAUACACACAGGAGGAGCUCAUGUCCUCCAGCGUCUACAGCAUCCUGCAUGUGGGUGACCACAAUGAGUUUGUUCGAAAUCUGCUCCCCAAGAGCCUGGUCAACGGGGUGCCCUGGCCUCAGGAGACGAACCGCAAAAACAGCCACACCUUCAACUGCCGCAUGUUGAAGCGGCCACCCGAUGAGAUGGACUCUGAGAACCUGGAGGCGCGGCAGCAGUACGAGAUCAUGCAGUGCUUCACGGUGUCGCAGCCUAGAGCAGUGCACGAGGAGGGUGAGGACCUCCAGAGCUGCCUUAUCUGUAUUGCCUGCCGUCUGCCUCGACCCCAGCAGAUCCCUGUCAACACGGAGUCUUUCAUCACUAAACAGGACCCCACAGGGAAGAUCAUCUCCAUAGAGACGAGUGCGCUCCGGGCUACAGGUCGGCCCGGCUGGGAGGACCUGGUGCGGAAAUGCAUCUACGCUUUUUUCCAGCCCCAGGGCAAAGAUCCAUCCCAUGCCAAGCAGAUGCUGCAUGAGGUGAUGACGCACGGAACGGCCAUCAGUCCAGUGUACCGCUUCACCCUUGGCGAUGGGACAACACUCAGUGCCCAGACCCGCUGUAGGUUCUGCUGCCCCCAAAACCCUGAUGUCCAGCCCUUCAUCAUGGGUAUCCACACAAUUGACAGGGAACACAACACUGCUAGCUCUCAGGAAAACACUACCCCAAGCCUUCCCCCAAAGCAUGGGAGCCCAUCCCCAGCUCAGCCCUCCCGUUCCCCUGCUGUCCAGGCUGGCAACGAACUCAGUCAAGCACCAGGCCUCAGCCUACAUCUCAACAAUGGCAACAGUGGCGGCAGCAGUGUUGCUCCAGCCACACCAACCAGCCAUUCGGCUGGCUACCUAACGCCAAAUCGGAUGUGUCCUCAGCAGGUCAACAGUCCCUCCCCUCUUGGCAGCCCCCUUGGGGCAACCCCUACCUCAUUCAUGUCCCCCAGACCACCGCGGGGGAGCCCCGGGCUUGGAGGGAGUCCACGGAUCCCAGGGAAUCCGUUUUCACCCUCCACUCCUAGCCUGCAUUCUCCUGCAGGUGUCCCCAGUUGCAGCGGGAGUGGCCUCAACCGGCAGGCAUCAGGAUGCGAUGGUGCCAGCGCACCGCUUGGAUUCUCCACCCCUUCUCCACGACCUCAGAAGCAGAGCGCCACCCCUGCAAGCUCCCCUGUUCGGCCUCCUGCCGCUAAGCCAGCUGAGGCGGCAUCAGAGGAACCUGCCAAGACCCAACCAUUGCAUGGCAACCCCAAGCUGCUAAACCAACUCCUUGACAGUGCCGUUGGGCGCAUGGCUGAGCGGGCUAUGCCUCCGCAUCCAUCCUCAUCGCCACCUCCUCUGCCUGGCCCAUGCCCGGCCUCUCACAGCACCCUUACGCAGCGUCACAAGAUCCUGCACAGCCUCCUGCAGGACAGCAGUCCCUCUGAGCUCACUGAGGGAUCUGCAGACACGUGUAGGAAAGACCCUGAAGUAAAAAAGGAGCAGCCUGCCAGCCCUGCCCGGGAUCCACAGGAACAGCAUCAGGACCACCAGCUGCUGCGAUUUCUGCUGGAUACAGAUGAAAAGGAUCUGGACAACCUGCCACCCCCAGCUAUCCUCAGCCUGCAGACAGUGAGGGUGAAGCCAGAGAAGAAGGGCAGCAGCGAUGGACCCUGCGCAGCCAGCACCUCCCCGAAGCCGGGCGACCGACCCACGAACCCGUUUCCAGCUGCUGAUCUUGAGACCCUUAACACGCUGCUGCCUGCAUCAAGAGGUGCUGCUGCGGCCAGGCCAUCAGAGGACUCAAGCACCUCCCAGCCGGUCGAGGGCAACGUUCCCAGGGGCGUGAGCGUGAAGCAGGAACCUCCCACCACACCAAACCGUGUGUUCACCGACAGCUCCGUCUUCCACAGUCCAUCACCCUUUGAGUUCUGUAGCCCCUCCACACCGAGCCAGAGCCAGGCAGACCCAUUCCAGCCCCCCAAAGGCACCAGUCCCUAUCCAGAUCCAGGUCAUGGUACCAAUUUUGGUACUGAUUCAGGGAUGACGAAGAUGGAGCUGCCAAGCCCCCAGCCAUAUGCGCCAGCCCCAUUGGCUGAGACUCUGCCAUUUGAGGGAGCUCUGGGUGGAGAGACACAAGCACCUCUGUCUUCCUCUCAGCAGUGCACCCCCUGCCCACUGGAUGACAUGCUGUGCCCUCCUACCACGCCAGAGGGUCGCAAUGAUGAAAAAGCCCUGCUGGAACAGUUGGUGUCGUUCCUGAGUGGCACGGAUGAGAGUGAGCUGGCUGAGCUGGACCGGGCUCUGGGCAUCGACAAGCUGGUGCAGGGUGGCUGCCUUGACCAGCUUUCCCAGAGGUUUCCUGCCCAGCCUCCACCCUCAGCACCCAUGUCUGUAGACCCUAAGCUGCCUGGCUAUCCGUCACAGUUCCCACUUGGCUCUUCCCAGUUUCCACAGGAUGUGGGGCGCCCCCAGCAGCAAAGCCUAGGCUUUGGGGCACCUCGCGGGGCCUUCCCUGGUGGCAUGGGUGUAGCGAUGCGGCCAGGUGUUCCCCGAGCACCUGGACUGCCCAACCAGCUCCGGCUACAGCUGCAACAGAGGCUCCAGGGCCAGCAACAGAUCAUGCAACAGAACAGACUUGCAGCCAUGGGCCAGUUUCCGGGGGCAGGGCAUGUUACCAUGGGGAUGCGACCAGGCAUGCAACAGCCCCAGAUACCAUCGCAGCCACCUCUCAACGCACAAAUGCUGGCACAGAGACAGCGGGAGCUCUACAGCUUCCAGCACCGCCAGAGGCAGCUCCUGCAGCAGAAAGUAAUGUUGAUGCGGCAGGGCAUGACGACAGGGCCUAUGGGAGCAGUCCGGCCCCCGAAAGGCCCCCAGCAGCCACAGCAGCAGCAACCUGCACCAGCGCAAUUCGCCUACCCACCGGGGUACAGCCCCGGGCCAGGGAACCCCCCCAGCUCCCCUGGACACUUCAACCCCAUGAGUGGCGCACCAGCGGACCCGAAAAUGGCCAGUAGGGGGCCCUUGACGACACAGAGCAUGAUUGGAGGCAUGCAGGGCCAGUUUGGCGGUGCAGUGAACUCUGGGGUGCAGCCUGGCCUCUUCCAACAGUUUGGAGGACCAGGUAUGGUCCAGCAGGGGGAGACACCUUUCGCACCACCCCUGAGUCCCAGCAGCCCCCUGCUCUCGCCACAGAUGUCUACCUCCCAGAGUCCUCUACUCCAGCAGACACAACCACCUUCAGGUUACCAGUCUCCCGACAUGAAGACCUGGCAGCAAGGUGGCAUGGGAAACAACAGCAUUUACAACCAGUCAGGACAGACCCCACCCCAGGCUUUCGGCCAGCAGGGAGUAUACAACAACAUGAGCAUCACAGUGUCGAUGGCAGGAGGAUCCAGUGGAGUUGGUUCUAUGACUCCCAUGGGUCCAUCUGUCGGCAUGGGCAACAGUAACCUGGGGAACAUGAGCUCCAUGUGUAAUGAUCAGGUACAGCAGGUGCAAGUCUUUGCCGACGUCCAGUGCACCGUCAAUUUGGUUGGCAGCGACUCUUAUCUGAACCAGCCCGGCCCAAUGGCCACGCAGAAAGGGGCGACAGCUACCCCAAGCACCCAGUCCCAGCAAAAAAGCCUCCUUCAGCAGCUCCUAACUGAAUGACACUCUGCACCCUAGGAAGCACUGUUCUGCAGUGAGAUAUUUAUAUUUUUACAUUUUGGAUUCUGAUUUUCAGCAGGAUGGGUUCUGAAGAAGUGGUCAUUUUUUUUGUUGGGGAUCAGGGUUUGUGUUUGAGAGUGAUGGGAUAACUUGGGCUACAGGGUGGAACACUCAUAUAUGGUUACCUACUCUAGAAGUCAUGAUUCCCAGACCGGAGGAGGAAUGUGUUCUGGAUUUGCCAAGUUUGAGGAGGACCCAAGAUUUGUCCGACGAACUGCAUUUGGCUAGUCGGUCGCUGUGCUUCAAGGAGAGCAACGGCAGGCCCAGAGCUGGCUGCGGUCCUGGCUGCGAUCCCGGCUCGGCUCGGCUCGCCUCGUCUGCCUGCAUGACGGGACGACUCUUUUGGGGCCAGCGUUCUGGAACGCUGCCCUGUUGCAUGAGGAAAGCUCAGUUUCAGCUGGAUCUGUCUCUGAUUGGCUCUCCACAGCAGUGCCUGGUGGGAGGUCUUUCCCAUUCUGUGUUUUGUUUGUUGUUUUUGUUUAUGUUUUCUUUGCUUUUCUAUUAUUUAGAACAAGAAAGGCCAGGAUGGGAGACUGUCGUGCAGCACACUCUCAGCCCCGAGGUUUUUCUGAGGGGAGAUACUAUAAAUAUUAGACUACAGACUGUGCUACACAUUUUUUUUUUUUUUAAGCAGCUGUGAAUAUGAGCCACUUUGGGUCUUUGGCCUAUCAGUGUUUGCCAUGUGUACUACGCAGGUUGAGAGUAUUGUAUAGUACAGACAAACAGGACUGGGAAGCGCCAACUCUUUCUACUUUCCUUUUGAAACAUCAUUCGCUUUUUCUUGCGGUAACAGUCAAACUGGCAAAACAAUAUUUUAGGGUCGAAAGCAGAAUUUUUCUUGCUGUUUCAGUCAAGAAUUGGAAUCUUAUUGCCGUCUGAUUUUAUCCAGAGGACUCCGUCUUCAUUUCAGCAGAAUGUUGUGCUGUGUGAAAACGUGAUCCCUGUUUGUUGUAACAUGAAGCGCAGAAGAUUGUUCAAGAAAACAAUUUGAAUGUUUUAAUUUUGGUCAUCCUGGCUUUGCUCCUUCACUGUCAGCACAAGCUGUUACAGUCCCAUAUUUAACAAUGAAACUUUGAAUUGACUAGGUUGUAUGAUAAACAUGUUCCGCUUUAGGUGUUGAUUUUUACAUUAGUUGUCUGAAUUGAAAAAGGGGUGUGUUUGUAGAGAAGUCUUGGAAUCCGAGAUUGUGCUUUCAAACUCUCAGUAAGACGAUGGAGACGUUUUCAGUGGUCGCUUCGCUGGCCUCACACUACAGCAUUGACUGCUUAUCUAACUACUGUUGCCCAGUCAGACACUGUCAAUCAGCGCUAACCUUUGUCGAAUCUUGAUGUAACACUAUACCGCAAAAGAAGCUCAGAGACAAGUGUGACACCUGCAGAGUACCGGCAUCAUGACAAGAAGAGGCUACUAACAAGCAAUAACAGUAUCAUGGAGAUUUGGCAAAGUUAGAUGCAAUCGCUUGGAUUACAGGAGUGAAAUCACACGUCUAAUUAAAUUUGUCUGGCCCCUUUCUGGGUAUCAGAGUAACUUACUAAUGAAAUGCUUUAAAAAAAAAAAAGAGAGAAUUCUAUGGUCCAAAUAGCCUGUUUCCUCAGAGGUUUCACUGUGUAUAUGUAAGGUAUGUCACAAAGGGGUUGUGGUCUUACUAGGCCACCACUGCAAAGAGGGAUAGCGGACGGUCAUCCAAGACGCUCGACCCUCGCUCGACCCUCCUCUCACACUCUCCUUGUUUUCGGUCAUUGUCAAACAAUGUUAUAUAAUUUGUGAUUCACUUUGUGUACAGUUCAUAUGAUGUGCAUGUGUGGGUGUGUGUGUUUUUGUUGGUUGUACAUAAGAAUACAGUGGCUCCAGUUUCUCAUACGCUUUUCCAUUAUAGUCUACUACACUUUAAUUGCUUUUUUAAAUUUCUGAAAUCUGUGUAAACAUAUUACUAGUUUUGAUUUUUUUUUUUUUUUAAUUAAAUUUCCUACUUCAUGUUGGUUGUUCCUGUAUUUGUUAAUGUCUUCCUGUCUGUUUUGAAACUCAUGUACCUCUUACUUCUGUCACAGGGUGUUACAGUACAUACGUUUAUCAUCAUCUCCAGCGGGGCCUGUGUGAGGUGUGUGUUUAUGUGUGUGUACAACAGUGUUUGCACUCCUUCGCAAGCCCUUUACUACAGAAACAAAUUUAUGGGGACACAGUAAUAUUUGUGGCAGGCAAACGGUGUCUGAUGGUUUGCAGUCUUUUUACUACAUUGUAGAAUAUGAACUGACUUGUGAUUUGUUUUCUAUUUAUUUUGUUGUUUAAAAAUAAGAGAUAUAAAAUCAGUAGACUGCAAUGGAGGAGUAUGAGGACACUGGAGAGCCAUGUGAACGUCCAUAAAUGAACUUAUACAUUACAAAAAAUAUGGAAGCAAUUAAUAUACAGCAUGGAUUGGUUUGGCUGACAUUCCUAAAGGCCCUCGUUUAUUUAAAAAUAAGUCUGAGAGAACGUCAGAGCUGUUCCGCAAUAAUCCCCUUUUAUGGUAUUUACUAGCUUCUUAUGCAGCUGGCGGUCAUAGUCAGGGUUGAACGCAUAUAGUGUUUUGAUCGUAAAUGUGCUUUAUUGAUCAGAAAAAAGUCACUUUUUUGGAACUGUGCCAGAUUUUGUUUUUUUCAGAGUUUUGUUGCCAUUUCUUGUGUGUAAAUACAGUAGAGUCAAACUACAGUGUAUAGCAGUGUGUCUCUAAACCAAAUAUCUUCUUCGUGGAUAACUUUAGCCCAGAUAUUAUAAUUGGGAUAAAAGGUUUUGAAUGAAAAAAUGGGUACCAAACAAUUUAAAUAAUUUCUUUUGAAUCUGAUAAUUGAAAUCUGUUACUUGCUUCCAGAUUUUUUUUAAUGUAUAUGACUGUUUGAGUGUGUUUGUCUGUAUGGAUAUGUGAUUAAUACUGUAUGUAUUGUUUUAAAUGAAAACAAAAAAGUCCUGAUUUUAUUUUUUCCUCAUUUUUAGAUGCCUGCACAUUAUCCGUGGGGGUUAAGAUUUACUCUAUUUACGAGAGAAUGGUUUAGCGACUGCUGAAUGUGAUUUAACUGAGAGGAGCAGCAUGGACUGGCUUAUGUACGGGUUAAUUUUAAAAAAAAAAAAAAAAAAAGGCCAUAUUAUUUAAUUUGUCUAUGUUGUUAAAAGUUUAAACAGAAACGAGAAAAUGGAACCUUGCUUUCAAGAGAUGUGCCCAGUGUUUCCGGUGGGACUUUUGACGACCGCCGCACCAGUACAGUUUUCAUUUCCGUCACUGUCCAGCAAGUACAGUCCGCCUGGUGAAGGCGCUAUUGUGUGUUUAAAUGUAAUGACCAAAGCUUAAAGAUGUUUAAUAUUGUGUCAUAUGCAAGUUUCAGUUUAUUGAAUUAAAAAAAAAAAACAAAAGCAUUCAAAGUUACAAAAAAGACUUAAAGAAAAAAAAGCCUUUUUUUCUAUAAUAGCUGUGUGUUGUGUAAGCAGUGAGUAAAUUUAUUUUCUUGACUUUUAACAUAUGGCAGUCUUGUGCCAUAUUCUAGGUAUCGUUAUAUAAGUGACUUAUCGAUCUUGAGUAUUUUGUACAUAAAUUCUUGCAUUUUGCGGUUUCCCACUUCAGAACCGUCCCCCUGGCAGCCACUGACAGCGCAGGAAGUGGCGAGCGCCAUGGCUCCUGACAGGGGUAUACCACAGUAACUCCAGUAGAAAGCUAUGCACCUUUAACCUUUAAAACCCAGACAUGCUUAUUUACACAUUUGAGCGCUCAAAGUCUGACAAGAAUCAAAAUUAAUAUUUUACUACACUAUAUGCGCUCUUGGUAAUUCACCUUUUUUGGAGCUAUACAACAAAAUUGUGUUUAGCUUUUUUUUACUGAAAUUAUUGCAUCAUUUGAUGUUUGAAAUUGUGUUAAUCGUGAAAUGAGGCUGAUUCAGAUUGUUCUUAAAUAUUUGAAUUUAUUUAGCUGAAUACUUUAUACCAAAUUUUAGGUACCUCUUGUACAUAUUUUCUGCAUAUAGAGGACCGAUCCUUUACAGUUUGAUUAAAAUUUUCUUGUUAAAUGUAAAAUUUCUUACAUUAGCCUUUGUAAAACAAGUAUGCUGUAUUUUACAUACAUUUUUUACUGAAAUUUAAAUAUUCCAGGCAUUUACAGGAAAUACAAUCUAGUUUUUGCACUUUAUAUAUUUGAGAAUUAAAAAAGGAAAGAGGCCAUUGCAACCAGUAUUUGCGUAUUAAUCAGACCAAUACUGCAUCUAAAGAAACAUCCCCAGAAUGUAAAGUAAAAAAAAAAAUGCUUUAAAAAGAUUAUUGUAAAGAAAUGCUCAGGCACUCUAAAAGAUGGCUGAUGUCCUGUUUUGCAGAGAGAGGCUCCUGUCAUAUAUUUUUGUAGUGAAAUAAAUCCACAUUAAAGCCGCACUCAGCUUCCCCUUUCAGGUGAUCUAAUCCGGCCUUUCCUCCAUUCAUCUCCGAGUCCCACCGCUAUUAUUUAAUAGUAUUUAGAAACAUUCCUUUUUUGAACUGUGUUUGGGGGGG